AUGGAGACUGACAUUCUAGACGGAGUACGUGACGCCGAAAUGGCAAUUAUGAUAGACACACGCUUGCAGGCAAGACUUUCCAAUGGACGAACCGAACAAGAGGCCACAGACGACGUUAUAAUUCACCUAUCAACACUCGGCGAAGAUGACUUCCAGAAGGGCAUUGCCAUCCUGCGACAACGAGAAUUCAUUGCUUAUAACAUAGAUAUAUACUUUUUGGGUUGGCACUCUGUUUUUAUCGGGCCUUCAGGUUCCGGUCAAGGAGUUACCACUCUGCUCACUGGGCAGGAGAUGGAGCUGCUUCCAUUUGGAGCUCGGCGCCUUAUUCCUGACCCCAACCUUGACUUCCAUGGUCAACUAACUGUCAAUUUUGAUGUUGAUAUAGCUCAACCUGAUAUCACAUGGAUUACUAGGGGUGGGAUCAGUCAUGGAGCUCCUCAGCAGUCCAUAUCUGAAGCUAUUGAUUCGUUGCCUCGGCAGACGCAUUGGGAUGGUGUUACAUUAGAACAGAUCGUAAUCGGCUUCAUGAACUGCGCCAAGGACUGCAAAUCCCCCCGUCCACUCUAG